AUGCUCAGUUCUCUCUCAAUCGGUGAUGUUCCAUUCAAAAAAGAAAAUACAUUUUGUUUUGAUAGUGAAUCAUUUCGUUAUUUGGUUGCUUUACAAAAUGAAAUUAAGUUCAAUGAUGAUGAAAAACAUGAAUAUGAAAUGAGUUGGUCAACUUCAGUAACUCAAUCAAAACGUUUGAUUGAUUAUAUUCGUAGAAACGUCUCUAUUUAUUCUAUAAAUAGUAACUUACAAUCAAUAAAAAAUGCUCAAUUUGAAAUUAUUCAUAUGAUUGAUCCAAUGUUAGAAACAAUGAGAAAUAUUCUUCGAAAUCUUAUUUUAUUGAAGAUGAAUUCAUUAAAACCGUCUAUUCAAUUGUACCCAAAAGUUCUUGAUCAUUCUAUGACAAUUUGUUUACUAUGUAAAGGUAAAAUUGUUGAAACUGGUCCCUUUUUAGUUAGAUAUGAUAUUCCUCAUAAAAUUGAAAAGAAUUGUCGCAGUUGUCAAUGUCCAUACAAUCAACAUCGUUCUAUUGGAUAUAUAGUUGAGUAUCAAUUUAUAAAUAAACCUUCAACAUAUGAUCGAAAUCAAAUGAAUGAAAUGUUGCAGCAGUUAUGUCAUGCAAGUGCUGAAUUUUCUUACUUUCUAACUCAUAUUGUUCAUUCAUCAGACGAAGAUCGAUUUAAGUCUGGUUUAUUACGAAUCAUUCGACAAGAAGUCGAUAUAUGUGAGAGUCACAAGACGAAUCAUAAGAAUCCGGAGUUGGUGAAAGCUUUGAAUGAACUUAAAAAUAUCUAUGAACAAGAAAUGAAUGAAUUGAAAUCGAUCAAAAAUUUCAACAAAUUAUCUAUUAUUUAUAAACGAAUAAAAGAUAUUGGUGAAUAUCCAAUGGUACGUGAACAGAUGGUUGCCGUCAAACAAGCACAAAAGAUGAUAAUGGAAGAAAAUGAAUAUGAAGUACCAAAAAAUAUAUAA